UGGAAAUAAGAACAAUGUCGAAAGAUGAGACAGGUAAAGUCACAAAAAAAAUGUACGUACUCGAGACAAUAUAUUUCUUCUGAACGAUCUUCCAAGAGAAAAUAUAGGUUAACCUCAAAGAUGUGUAAACACUGAAGAAGUUAGCAAAACAGAAAAAGUACUUAAAUAAAAAGUAAUAAAAAAAAAUUAAUUAAUACAGAAAUAACUUGAAACUUUUUAAAGCAGUGAUUCUUAAGGUACAUAAUGCAGAUGAAACAAGACAACAUAAAGGUGCUAAAUUCACCGGUCAAACCUCUUGUGUUGGAUACCGCGUUUGCUAUAAGAAUAGCUAUGGGUGCAAAACUACCUCAAGUAAGAACAUUGAUGAACCGCCCGGAUUUAUGGCAUAAAAUCAAAGUUCUUAAAGGUGGCCAGUUCGACAAGGCUACAGUUUUAAGAGGUAUUUUGAAGGCAGUAGAACCAAACGAUUUGAUACCAGUGAGAUAUCAAGUUUGUGGAGAAGAUGCAUAUUUUGUGGCCAGAAAUUGCGGUCCCGCUCUGGAAAUGUUAUGCAAGGCAAACAUGAUCAUCAAAAAUACUAACGGUGACGCUAUCAUUCUUGUAGUAACCUUAGGAUUUGGUUCGAUCGAAGGGCUGAAAAUCCACUUACAGCCUAUUCUGUUGACUGCAUUGACCAAAAGAUACGAUCCGAACGAGAAGACGUUAAACCUGGAGAGUUUCCAUACAGAACCGGAUAUAGAUAAAAAUGUCUAUUGUCCUUUGUCGCAACUUAGAACUUCCAUUCAUGUUUUGAAACUAGCCAAGACUUCGAUAGCUACUUUCGAACAUCUCAACUUACAGCAUAACGAAUUGUUUAAUAUAUCUGCGAUAGAGAAUUCAGAGUUAACAUCUAUCAAGUAUUUGGAUCUUAGACACAACAAUCUAUUAAACAUGAACACUUUAGCCCCUCUCAGAAAUCUAGAAAUCAUUAAGCUUUGGCUCGAUGGAAAUCCGCUUUGUGAAAAUUAUUCGACUGCAAAGCAGUACGUAGAAUCUGCAAAAAGAUAUUGUCCGCAUUUGAAAGAAUUAGAUGGCGUGAGCAUUGUGGAAAGGAUGCCGUUGAUCUACAAAGACUAUUUUCCAAACGAUAAAACGCAAUAUUUCGCGCAUGCAUUUGCCUCUCAUUUUUUUAGUUUAUUCGAUCAACUCGAUAGAACAGUUUUACGGGGACUCUAUCAUAAAAACGCGGUUUAUUCCAUGACUUUCGCCAUACCGCACAACAUCGCGCAAAAGACAGGCCUUAACCAGUAUACGUUUAAUAGAAAUCUAUUAAAAAAAGGUCUUAAAAAAAAUACAUGCAUUUUCUUUGGCCAAGAAGAUAUUCUAGCAGCUUAUAGCAAAUUACCCCGGUCCUAUCACGACAAGAGUUCUUUCACUUAUGAUAUCAUGUGCGAUAACGACAAAUGCGUAGUCUUCAGUGUCUCAGGAUUGUUCAAGAAACUAAGUUCUGGUACGAACGUACUAUCGUUUUGUAGAACAUUCGUCUUAAUGGCUUCCCCCGAUAACGAAUACCAUAUUUUAAACGAUCAGUACCACAUAUGGGCAGCACCCAGUAAUGUAACACCUGAUAAAAUAGUAGUCGUACAUAGUUUUGAAAACGAAACGGGGCCCGUUUGCUUUAGUGAGAAUGAAAAAGCGAUACUAAUUAAAAGAAUACGACAGAUCACCGCGAUGAAUAAGGAGUGGUCCGAGACUUAUCUGGUAGCAGCUGAGUGGGACAUGCGGAAGACGAUAAUUGACUUCAUGAAAGAUUUUAAAAAUUCAUCGAUACCGGAACAUGCGUUUGCUUCGUAA